AUGGUAGAAGUUGUGACAGGCAUAGAUGAUGAAGUGCAAGAGGACCAAGGUGACCCCGACCAGUACUUUGACAAGGUUGGCAUUAUCGCCCAAAUUCAAACUCCAAAUCACGAAAAAGUAGAACACGUUAGAUUGAAACUUUGCAAAAGAACAGAAUUAGAGCAAGCCAAAAUCUUUGCACGCAUGAUACCUUUGUGGAUUACUUUCAUUAUGUGUGGGGUCGUGAGUUCCAUUGGGGAUACUUAUUUCUUGGAACAAGCAUACUUCAACAUGCAGACUGGCAAGUGGUUGCUAAAAAGAUAUUUGAGUAAGGGAUUUGGAAAUUCUAUAUUCCCUAUUGAAGUCAAAGCAGCAAUGUUAUUUUCUAUUCCUUGUUAUGACACAGCUGCAGUAGUUGAGACGAGGAGGCUGGAGUUGACCAAGCUGCUAGGGGAACCUGAGGCGAAAAUCCCAAUGAACAUGUUUGGAAUUCUUCCACAGUAUUUCUUUCUUGCUGCCUUGGUGGAAUAUCUCACUACCUUUGUGGUGACCUUGAGAAAGUCUCUGGCUAUAGCAUUGCUUGCUUCUCUAUCGCUCCAAGAGUACUCUUCCUCCGUAAGCUCCUACUUGAGACUUUUCACUAAUGCUGCAUUUGGAGUAGGAACCAUGGGCAGUUCCAUUUCAGUUCAUGCGGUGGGUAAGUUCAGCGUAAUUGGAAGAAGUUCAAGUUGGUUUCAAAUAAGCCCAUUUGGAUAG